AUGCCACGGAAUCGACAAGUGCGCUGCGACUAUCUGCCCUCGGUAGUGCCAUCGUCGUCGACCAGGGCGGCGGCGGCGACAGCAGCAGCAUCAAGUCCUACCCACCCACCAGCAGCGGCCGGUCUGUUCAGGACACUCAAUGUCGACGAUGUAGAGCUCAUGUACCACUGGACCACCUCCACCAGCGCCACACUCUCCGCCCAAACCGUGGGCACCAUCUUCUGGCGGACGCAGGUAACCGAGAUCGCGCUUUCACACCAUCAUACUCUCCAUCUCAUCCUGGCCAUCACAGCAACGCAUCUGUCACGCUUUCGGCCGCAACGUCGAGAUGACUAUCUCGCUCUAGCUGAUCACCACUAUACGACUGCACUUCCCACAGUGACUGCCGAAUUGUCCCAUCUGCACCAAGAUAACUGUGACGCUGUCCUCCUCUCCGUCCAGCUCAUCUGCUUCAUAACAUGGGCACGAGGGCCUCAACCUGGAGAGUACCUUGCCUUUGGAGAGAAUGGGCGCUCAGAGUGGCUUGUCAUGUUCCGCGGCAUCCGCACUACCUUCGAGUCCAUGGGUUACGACAACUUCACGCGCUCUAUGGCGCCCAACUUGCGCGCAAAAGGCAAAGCGCUUCCCAAAAUUGCCGGCACACUGCCCUACGAAGAGCCACUUGCUGAGCUGCGCGAUUACGUCCAGUAUGCCAGCGAGCCCUCGCAGCUUUCUCACAACGUCUACGCGCACCAGGUGCUUCGCGAAUGCUAUUCGAACCGCUAUGAUGGCGUGGAUGGCGAGUAUCAUGUCGUCUUUGCGUGGCUGUACCGCAUGGAAGAGGAGUUCUUGGAGGCCCUGCAGAGACAUGACCCUGUGCCGCUCGUCGUGUAUGCACACUUCGCCUUGCUAAUGAAUGACAUGGAAGGCUUCUGGUAUAUGAAAGGCUGGACGACGCACGUGCUCGCGGGCAUUUGGGGUAUCUUAAGGGACGAGGACAGAGUUCAUAUCCGGUGGCCGGUGUCAGUGGUUGGUUGGAUUCCUCCGUAA